AUAUAUCGCACGUCGCGAAUGAUUUUAAACCAAGUUCCGGUAAAUUGCUCACACCCACAGCGACAAAGCAAUACAUAUUGCUGCUAUUACUGCUUUUGUAUAAUUUCCACCCCUUUUAAUUCCCUUUUGGUCUCCCCCAGCUCCGCCUUUUAAUGUUUACAUGUCGCAAGAAACCUCUGUUUGACGCCUACCCAAAACUACAACUACCGACAUUCUUUGCGUCUGCUGGGCAAACCCAAAAUCUGUACAAGGGGAGAGCUUAGGAUCGAGACUAAAGCGGUGUUAACGUAAUGGUGAGAGGCAUUAUCAGGGUUGUUUCCUUGGCUUCUGUAAGCCUUACUUCAUCUGGGUUUUUCCUAUAUGGAACAGGGCACUGGGACCCAAGUGAUUUUGGGGUAGUGCGAAUUGGAAGAGCAGUUUUGACGACAGCAGCCAUAACUUGGGAUUAUCUUACAGAACUAAGACAUGUAAAGGCAGGUACAGAGGAGUAUGAAAGCAUCAAGUCACAGGUUCACUUUCGUUCAGCUCAUCGCCUUCUGGAUUUGUGUUGUGCCAACCGUGGGACCUUUAUAAAAGUUGGACAGCACCUCGGAGCUUUGGAAUAUCUUGUGCCCCCUGAAUACACCAAAACUUUAAGUGUUCUACAUAGCCAGGCUCCCUGUACUCCUUUUCCUGAUGUUGUGCAGGUCAUUCGUGAGGAUCUUGGCAAGGAGAUAUCUGAGGUCUUUGUGGAGUUUGAAGAAAAACCAUUGGGUGCAGCCUCUCUGGCACAGGUGCACCGUGCUGUGCUGCAGGAUGGGCGUAAAGUGGCUGUGAAGGUGCAGCAUCCAAAAGUCCAGGCACAGAGUGCAAGGGAUAUUCUGCUCAUGGAGGUCCUCCUACAUGCUGUGAAGAAAAUUUUUCCUCAGUUUGAAUUUAUGUGGCUUAUUGAAGAAGCAAAAAAAAACCUACCUCUGGAGUUGGACUUCGAAAAUGAGGGUCGCAAUGCAGAGAAAAUGUCAGCUAUAGUCUCCAGUUUCUCUUUCCUGAGGAUACCCAGAAUCUACUGGGAACUUAGCACAAAACGUGUGCUUGUAAUGGAGUACAUGGAAGGAGGGCAGGUCAACGACAGGGAAUAUAUGAAGCGUAAUCAAAUUGAUAUAAACCAGGUAGCUCGUGCUUUGGGGCAAUUGUACAGUGAGAUGAUUUUUGUUCAUGGAUUUGUGCACUGUGAUCCUCACCCAGGAAAUGUUCUUGUACGUCAGAACCCUGAGACUCUUGUUCCAGAGAUAAUUCUUUUGGAUCAUGGCUUAUACCAGGUACUGACAGAAAGUUUUCGUCUGGAUUAUUGCAGUUUAUGGCAGGCUCUAAUUGCUGCUGACAUGCAGCAGAUCCGCAUAUACAGCCAGCGCUUGGGUGCAGGAGAACUGUACCCUCUGUUUGCUUGUAUGCUGACAGCCCGUUCCUGGGAAUCUGUGAACCAAGGGAUAUAUCAGAAUACUGUUAGUAGGGAGGAGGCACUGGAGAUACGAAGUAAUGCUGCUACCUACCUACCAGAGAUUAGCCAGCUUCUUGCUAGUGUCCCUCGUCAAAUGUUGCUUCUUCUAAAAACCAAUGACCUUCUACGUGGUAUUGAGACAUCUCUAGGAACUCAUGCUAGCUCAAGCUCCUUCCUCAAUAUGUCCCGCUGUUGUGUACGAGCUCUUGCCAGACACAGAAAAGAGAAGACAGACUCUCUCUGGUCCUACAUUCACAUCUCUCUUGCAGAAACGUUUAGUCUCGGACAGCUUCAGAUAUAUGAGAUUGUUUUACGUCUUCAAGCCUCAUGUGUGGGGUGCUGGAUCCGUCGUAUGAUGCAAUGGGUGUUCCUGUAUAUACACUGACCCUUCCUGCCCCUUCAUUUAUUAUUAUAUUUUUUAUCAAUAAAAAAACAACAUAAUCCACCUGGUUUUACUGCAGUGAACAAAGUGGACUUGGACAUGGGAUCAAGUAGUAUGUUAAACAGCUCUGUUCAGAGCUCUGACGUUAUACAGAGAAACGUCCAGGAUGAUAACGUAUACAUGGCAAACAGAGAAUUGUAUGAUAUAAAGUCUAUUACAAGGCUGUCAAAUUGAAGGCCCAUGGGCUGGAUGUGACUCUUCAAAGACCCCGGACAUGCAGUAUGUCAUGUAAAUGGCCCACCACAUGGAAAUAGUUGUACAGCAUUGGUUUAUUACAUGAUGUAAUCAUUUAUAUUAGAUAAGAUUUUGUUUGUUUCAGA